AGGUGGUGUGAUACUCCGUUUCCAGAGGAUGCAAGCAGCACCUCUGUUAAUGGUAGAAUAUUUUUAACCGCCGGGAGAAAAUUUGGCGCUGGUAGACCUGUUUUAAACUCACUUUUGGUUUCUCUAGACUUCUGCCACUAUGUCAGUGGAGAGUACGAUGGUUUUUGCAGGGCUUAAAUACUGUAAUAGUCUCUUACAACGACUUACAUAGCAUGUUUGGCACUCAGAAGGAAGUUUUGGUGACUGUCCACUCUCGUUGGGUGAGUGACUUUUCUGCUGCCGGUAAUUUAAUCCUUGUACUGCAGACCUUUAAAUAUCUUCCUUGAAAACCUCCCGGCAGCCACGUGGUGUAAGGUGAGACAUUACCAGCCUGGUACACUGACCAGUCUGACAUGAUCAGUGGACUCAGAGCAUGACCAGUCUGCACUGCAAUCUGGCCACUUCAGACCUGUGAUUUCAGCUUUUACUGAACUUUGAAGGACUAUUUACAAGUGACUGGAGGGGAUUUCUGUGGUGAGUCCCCAAGCCCAUUGUUUUCCUUGAUCUUCUUUGUUCAACCAGUAUGCUUUCUUAUUUUUUUUGUCGGCCUACCCUGAGCACCUUGCAGUGAAUGGAGAACAUACUGGUUCUGCUCCCGAAGCACCGACAGGAACACGGGCUCUGCAGACUCACGGCUGCAUGUGCCUUGCUAAAGGUUUUUUCUUACAGAGCAGUUUUCUCCUGGUCUUUAAUAGCGACAUCCACUCCCUGUAAACCUCUUUAAUGGGAUAAAUCAAUUGGACUGAUCAGGUUCAAAACCAGAUCAGGUAGCAAAUUCCAUUCUCACUUCCCCAAAACUGUUAGGCCAAGGAACGCUGACCUUUCUUUGUCAAGCCCACUGUCUUCCAAAGGCUUCCGCAUGGUACUUUGGUUGAAAGAACAAGACAAACUCCCCGACAUCGACAUGUCCUCCGGGGCAAUUGAGAUGAAGAAGGAGGGAAGUCCCCCGGCACCGGACUUCCUCAAUUCCAACUGCUCUGUCCACCCGGUAAUCCUCACCAAGGGCCAAGAGGAGGUGAGCCCAGGGACCGGGGGCGAGUUUGAGCUCACAGAGGUCACAUCUUUCACUGAGAGGGCCAGUGAGACCGGGGAGGAUGAGGAGAGGUCGGAGGUUGUGGUGGCAAUGGACUGCCGGGCCAACGCCAAAGGUCAGCGGGAAGAGGACGCUCUCCUGGAGAACGCAAGCCAGAGCAACGAGAGCGACGACACCAGCACCGACCAGAGCCCUGAACCACCGGCACCACUCAAGGAGACCUCCUUCUCCAUUGGCCUGCAGGUGGUGUUCCCCUUCCUGCUGGCUGGGUUUGGGACAGUGGCAGCCGGAAUGGUGCUAGACAUUGUCCAGCACUGGACAGUGUUUACGGAGGUGUCAGAGGUGUUCAUCCUGGUUCCAGCGCUGCUGGGGCUCAAAGGCAACCUAGAGAUGACACUGGCCUCCAGACUUUCCACAGCGGCUAAUAUUGGUCAGAUGGACACAGCCAAGGACAUGUGGAAGAUGAUCAUGGGGAAUUUGGCCCUCAUCCAGGUCCAGGCCACAGUGGUGGGGUUCCUGGCCUCCAUAGCUGCUGUGAUCUUCGGCUGGAUCCCAGAGGGGCACUUCAGGCUGGGCCACGCAGUGCUGCUGUGUGCCUCGAGCGUGGCCACUGCCUUCAUAGCUUCUCUGCUGCUAGGGCUCAUCAUGAUCGGUGUGAUCGUUGCAUCCAGGAAGGUCGGCAUCAACCCUGACAACGUUGCCACACCCAUCGCCGCUAGCCUGGGAGACCUGAUCACCCUGUCCCUGCUGGCAGGCAUCUCAACAGCACUGUACAAGGAACUAGAGUACAAUGACUAUUCCAACCCGCUGGUGUGUGCAGUGUUUGUGGCCAUGUGCCCUCUAUGGGUCCUGAUAGCCAGGAAGAUCCCAUCCACCAGAGAAGUCCUCUACUCCGGCUGGGAGCCGGUUAUCAUCGCCAUGGCUAUCAGCAGUGUCGGAGGUCUGAUCCUCGACAAGACCGUCACUAACCCAAACUUUGCUGGCAUGGCUGUCUUCACCCCGGUCAUCAACGGUGUGGGAGGUAACCUGGUCGCGGUUCAGGCCAGUCGGAUCUCCACCUAUCUGCACAUGAACGGUCUACCCAUGGGGGAUCCCAACCCCACCCCCAGGAAGUGCCCCACACCCUGCACCUCCUUCUUCGGCUCCACUGUGAACUCUCGUUCGGCCCGUGUGCUCUUCCUCCUGGUCGCCCCGGGUCACCUCGUCUUCCUCUACACCAUCAACUCCCUGAGGGGGGGACACACCACCCUGACACCCAUCUUCAUCACCUUUUACCUAGCUGCUGCUCUACUCCAGGUGAUGAUCCUCCUCUAUCUGGCAGACUGGAUGGUCCACUGGAUGUGGGGCCGAGGCAUGGACCCCGACAACUUCUCCAUCCCCUACCUGACUGCUCUGGGUGACUUGCUGGGAACCGGCUUCCUCGCCCUCUGCUUCCACAUGCGCUGGUUCAUCGGGGACAGAGACACCAAUGUGGGCAACUGAAUGCGUGCACAGACACGCGCACAAAAAAAAGAGAACAAAAUCAUCUCAUACUGUACGCUUGCAAGCACGGACAGUGACAAACAUCACCCAUUCUCUGAAACUGGAAGAUGUCUACAUUAAAAGGGCUAAUCUCCUGUAGAUGAUGGUAGAGUACACUUGUAGGGCAGUAUCGUUUCAUCUUCAGGAUAUCGGGACGCUGAUGCACCACAGCAGCAGCCCAGAAUCCAGACACUCUCUGUGUUUCACCGUAGAAACAAUGGAAACGUGCAUAUCUUCACCUCAACCACCCAGCAAAACUCCACCUGAUGGAUCCAGCCCCAUAGACUCCACUACUCCUCCUUUAUUUUACUUAAUAACUGAGUCCUACUACUUUUGUUAUUAUUAUACUAUUGACAAUGAUUAUUAUUGUUGGUAAAUAAUGCAUUUGAUAUGAAUCGAUACCUGUUCUAUGUGAAGGGCCUGUCCUCAUUAUUUUCAAUGGGGACUUUAGCCCUCCCAUUUUUAAAGAUCAGCUUUUAACACUUGAAACCAAGAUGACAAAAGACAGCAAAAAAUAUAUCCAGACAAGCCUAGAAUUCUUAAUCACCAAGUGCUAUGUCGUAUAAACAGAAAUAUUAUAUGAAAUGUGUUUCGUUUUUGAUUUGGUAGAGUACAUGAGGCUGUUCUCUCUGUUUUACUUUGGCCUUGUGACAGUAGGAAACAGGCUUGGAGGGGGGGUUUACUACAGGGACUGGACCACAAACAUAAAAAGCUAUAGCGAAUUUGGCUCCCGUCAACGGACAGCUUAACUUGAGCAGAAACAGGGGCAGGAAAUCAAGGCUGUAAUUUCUGCGUUUACUCCCUCACAAUCAAGGGCUUGAGAAUCGGGAAUCAGAUAUGGGAUCAGAUCAUAGUCCAACAAACGCUUACGUCAGCCACUACAAGAAAAGAUUUACCUUUGAUUCUGUUAGAGAUUUUAAAACAUCUAAUUAAUGCCUAUUUAAAAGUUUCUAUUAGUGAGGAUUGUGUGUACAUUCCCUCAAAUCUCCUCUAGAGUUCAGAGGUUACAUUACUUUUUUGCCAGUUUAACUAAAUACUACAGUUGUGUAAUGUUAUUAGGCAAAUACUUUCAUUAGUGAGCAAACACACAGAAACAGUGGAAAAUAGUAAGUGGAAAAUGGGCAGAUAACUGUGGGUUAGGAAGAAAAACGCACACACCUCACCGUUUGUUGCAGCCCACUGUGGGUUUUUUUUUUUGUUUGUUUGUUUUUUUUGUGUGUGUGGAUGCCAAGGGGUUAGAGAGGUCUUAUUUUGCCGCGAGCUGUUCCAGGUGAGAAUAGCACCAGUCCCCCUGUCUGAAACCAUCUGCCAACUCUCUACCGGAGCAGGCUAGUUGUUGUUGUUGUGUUGCCCAGGCCAGGCUUACAGUAAGUGACAAGAGGCUCAACAUGCUGGAACAAACCUGCAGAGCUUACCCAACUGAACAGCAUUGUGUCCACACAUGGUACAGAGUGUGAAAGUGUGUUAAGUUGCCUUAGCAUGCUCACGGGAUGUGCUCACUCGGGUUCAGCUGGCACAGUCUAAGAGGAGGUAUUGAUUGCUGGCAUUUUGUGUGAAUAUCGUCUGGAUAAUCUUUAGAUCUAAUCAUUAUUUUAUUUUGAUUACCACAAAGCAUUUAGGCCACGUUGGACCAAUGAAUCCUUCCAAUGAAAGACAGACUAAUGACGUUUUUGGAGGCUGGGUAACAGGUAACAUCAUUAGACUGCAAUAGGAAGUCGUGGCAAACCUUUUUCCGUAUUUUAAUCUCGGUAUUGGAUUUAAUUCUGCAGCCUUUAGAUUCGGAUCCAGCAAAAGAUCAGCGUAGUUGUUAAAGCUAUCUGAGGGCCUAGUCCCACCAGCAAAAAGCACCAAAAAUUUAGCAACUAAAUCAGUUCACUCCAGUGGAAUCGCUACAGUCGCUGCAGAAGUGAAGGAAAUCUGCCCAAAUAUCCCGCUUGGAGUUCAACUCAAGUGAACUUAACUAAUAGCAAAAUGUCUGUUGAGGGACCAGAGGGGAGAAUCUAAAAUGGAGGUAGUUGUAUUGCAUCAUCCACUUUUAUUUGUCCCUCCUCUGUCCGAGUAUAAACUGCUCCACAGAAGGGGAAAGGUUCUGCAGACAGUUAGUUAACAGGAGCUGAUGCUAGAAAUGCAUCUUUUAAAUGAACUGUUCAAACUUAUUGUCUUAUUAGCAACCAAAAGCUCUCUAAGCCAACAAGGUUUCUGUCAGCUAGCAAGUCUUGUUAGCGUAGAAAACCUUCAUCCCCCUCAGUAACUCUUUAUUGAAGGGCUGACUAGCUCCAGCUUGCUCCUAGCUUGCUAAUGUAUUAUUUGCACAGGGCCUUUGCAUAGAGUUUGACUUUGAUGAAUUUUGGUAGAUGAGUUGCGAACUAUCUUUACUGUGCAGACCAUAUAGGGAUCAGAGGCCAGCUAACAUAUUAGCUGCUAAGUUGAUGGUACAAAUGUGUUUCCUUAUUAACUGUGUCCGCUGUCCAGACACACAAAUGAAUUCUGUGGUAGUUUCUGGUGUGACCGGGCACAGAGGAUGAUUACAUUACAGAUUACAAUACCACCACCACCACCACCCCCCACCCCCCAACACACACACACGCAAACUAUCUUCCACCAGACUCAGCUGACCCGAGCUGACUCUCUUCAAGGGCUUACGGUUAAGGAAGAGAAUGAAAAAGGAAGUCGUGAGCAAUCUUGACAGACUGUACCGAGUACGGAAGUUGACACAGAGGUGAAGCCCAGUGUCUUAGGAGAAACCUGCAUGUGAUGCUUGACUUAUCCGGCGCUUGUCAGACUUCUGUGCUGUUUCGAAGGGGGCCAGCAGAAUGCAUGUGCAGGGCACAUAGUGUGAAUGUGCAAAACGUGAUUGUUUUAUCUGUCUAAAAUCCUUUGUUUUGGUCUGGCUGAUUUUUUUUUUUUUUUUUAACUGUGUCGAUUAUGUUAAAAUUCAGAUUUUUUUUUUCUAUUCCUUUCCUCCUUUCCCUAAUCUUUUUAACUCUUGAUAAUUAUUGUUUUGUGUCAUGAAUCUCAUCAAGCAAACAACCACUGUAAGGAUGAAGCAACUUCUCUGACGCUGGUCAAAUGAACGAGUACUGUAAUCUACACACUGGACAACAGAGGGCACCACAGGGAUUCUCUUAACUGUACAGCAUCUCUGUGUAUCUCUGUGUCCCCUGGAUUCAAACCCACACGUGUCCACUUUGAGUGACAUUCAUUCAUCUGUCUUCUUUUCUACAGUGUUUGCAGUGUUUUAAAAGUUGCAUCCUUCCAUCUGUUGACUCUCAGUCUGUAUCCUCCACUCUCUUACUUACCAGGUGCCAGCGUUUUGCCUCUAUGUCUAUGGAAAGUUGUGAAUACUUCUAUAAGGGGGCAAGUAAGUUUGUCUAUUUAUUUUUAGAAGCACACAAAGCAAAUUGUACAUACUAUAUUUAUUCUAUAUAUAAGGUUGUGUAUUUUGUCAUUUCAUUUUGGCUCAGUUUCUUUAUCACCAUGUUGUCAUCAUUUUUCUCUUCUCUUUUUAAUGUGUUUGUUUUCUUUACAAAAGGCCAGUAGAGCUUUUUGUCGCUUGCCGCAAUAGAAUGGCGGUGAGGCUAAUGAAUAGCACAGUGCCUAAUACCAGUCUUUACACACCUCACACAUAUGCACACACACCCUGUCUCGCGCAGGGGAAAGCAUACUUAUAAGAAAUAGAAAGGCCUUAACCUAUCAGAGCCAAGCUCAACUCAGAGUAACCAAUCAGGAGCUAGGUUCGCCACAGAGUAGCGUGUCCUUAAUUAGCUUUGAUUAAUAAAAGAUGUACAGUAAAUUGAUUAUGAUGUGAGAUGUAAUAGUGACUUUAUAUGAUGUAGCUGUGGAGAGGAGGGCUGUUGGCAUCAGUUACAAGCAUUUGUUCAUGUGAAUCUGCAAAAAUGAGGACUAGGGAGAGUGAAAAACCAGCAGGUUGGACUUACAGGGCGCCUGAAAGGUCUGGAAUCAAGUUAAGCACCAGUAGAAGUAAGAUAGCAAACCACAAACAAAACAGAAAAUAUGAAAAAACAAGUGCAAAAUGACAAAAUACAGUGUUACACCUCCUUAUGAUUCCAGAAGUUUCCCCUGAAUAUAACGUACCCAGCCUUUAAAACCCUUCACCCACCUACUGCCUUGUUAACCUCAGUGCUUCGAAGCGUUGAGCGCCUGAACUCACAGGGAACCAUGCUGAUCCUCAGGCUGCCAACACCCGCAUCAAGGUCAAGGUUUUGAUUCAGACUCUAAAUGUCCGCCUGUCCCAGUCAGUUAUGUUGCCUUUAAGGAAAAACUGAUGUAAUAAAACAUGUACAGUCUUACUGGGACUGAGGUCUUGGGGCUCUCUGUGUGUUCUUCUUGUAAAAGCCCUCCCUCUGUGAGGCUGGAGGAAGGCUUUCUCCCGGCAGGACUUUGUAAAUUGCUGGAAAUAAAGGACUAUAUUAUUUCAUAUCAUUCCCCUGGCUGUGUGUUUGUUGUCAGCUUUAAUUGUAAAUGAAUCUGUUGUUUGCUAAACUUAGGGCAAACC